UGACACAAGUCAUUCAGUAAUUGUCCCAACUGCACGUGUUGUUGUUGACAGACGCGAGGCAACAGCGGAGAUGGCGGUGAUGACACGGCGCAGGCGCACCAUGGAGGCGCAGCAGGCACAAGAAGAGGUGGAACAGCAGCAGCAACAAGAACAACAGCAACAGCAGGUGCAGGAGCAACAGCAAGAGCAGGAGCAGGAGCAACAGCAGGAACAACAAGAUGCGUCUUCGAAGAAGGAGGGCACCACGCACGCGCAGUCGGCAGCGGAUGAAGACGAAGGCAAGGCGCCUGGCGACAGAAGCGCCGUGCCUCGCGGACGGCCAAAGUCGGGCCGGUUUUGGAAGCCCGUGGAGGGUCAGCGAUCCUCUGCCAUGAUCAAGAAGAAGAAGAAGGCCUGGACCCGGAAGAUGAAGGAGCGCGAGGAGCAGAAGGCCGCCAAGCUGCAGCACGAGUUGAUCAAAGAAGAAACACAGCGCAAGGAAAAGGAGCGCAAGGAGAAGAGAAAAGAGAGCAUUCGCCGCCGAUUGGAGAACGAGCGCAAGGCCGAAAUCGUCCAGAAGAUCACGAGCGCGCGAACGCUGAAGAGGAUGAGCAAGAAGCAGCUGCGCCGUGUGGAGAAGAGAUGAUUCUUCUGGCAUCAUAGUCAUCACCGCCACCACCAUCACCAGCAGUACCAAACCAUCCCACGUAGCGCCGCCACCAUCUCAUCCAUGGCUUAUGCUUCCCUGUUUUGAUUUGUGUUUUUAUUGUCCAUACCUCCCCAUUGCGUCGCCUGUCCGUUGCUUUCUCCUGCGUAAAUGCGUGAAUGCAUGAAUGCAUGCGGCUCUCGCCAACACAGCAAGUGUCCCUCCUUUCUUGCCCCCCCCCCCCAACACACACACACACACACACACAUGACGUGUCCAGUUCACUGUUCAUUGGAUAAGCGAAUGCUGCAUGAA